GGAUAAUCUGGAACUAAAUUGGAGGGGCUACGAAUGCUCUUAAUUUCAUACUCUAUUUCUUCGAUUAUUUGCAACAUUCAUUAGGCUCGUGCUGUUAACGAAUAAGUUCAGUCUUUGUACAUAGCCGGACCGUUUUAAGCUUUUUUUUAGUACAUCUCCUUUUAAAAUACCCAUCUUAAUAGUAAAAAAAAUUAGCUUGCACAAAAAUUCGCUAUAAAAAAGUGGAUUUUCACGUUUUGAUAGCAUUGAAUACAUUACGUUACAUCAGAUACAUAAUUACUGUGAAUCAGAUAUAGCAGUAGAUUAUGUUAUAUAAUGGCUGCUAUUAGUUGCCGCGUUGGACUAUGAAGUAAAUACACAGGAAUUACUAUCGUUUAUUUUUGCGAAAUGGAAGGUACAAAAUUACAAAAAUGUUAGUUCAUCUGUAUUGCAAUAUUCACUGAUCGUUUUAAAAUGGAACUAACUCAAAACGAUGGUAAGGAUGGGACCACCACAGAAAAGACGAGCAUGCCCUUCGCCAUUAAGGAAAAGGCCCGUUUAAUUUUAAGCAACAUUACAGUUGAACCAUUAAUGUUUUUGUUUCUAUUCCCAAGUGUUUUGAUGAUCUUAUCUGUAGCUAAUUUGGAUUUGGAGAAGGCAUGUCGGGUAAAUUUAAAGUUUAACGAUACAAUUUGCGAUGCUUUAUCAACACGUAAUAAAAGUCUGUACACGCCAGAACACGAGAAUGCCGUUCAGAAAUUAGUUACAGGAAUGAACGCUUGGAAAAGUGUGAUUAAGAGCGUUAUACCCGCAUGCCUACUGUUAAUUGUGGGCGCAUGGAGCGACAGACAUAAUCGACGAAAGCCCUUGAUGGGAUUGCCAAUUAUUGGGGAAUGUAUAACUGUAACUGGUUUUAUUUUGUGUACAUACUUUUUUUACGAACUGCCCAUGGAGGUUACCGGUUUUUUCGAGUCCGUUCCCACGUCUCUGACCGGUGGAUGGUUUACUAUGUUUAUGGCGAUUUACAGCUACAUCAGUUCCGUUUCUACUAUUGAAUCGAGAACCACCAGAAUAGGUGCACUGAAAAUAUGCGCACAUGGGAGUAUAAUGAUUGGCAUGGCGUUGAGUGGAGUUUUAUAUCGCUUCAUUGGCUUAUACGGAAUUUUUUGUGGAGCUUUGCUCUUCUACGUCUCCGGUUUUAUUUAUCUGAUGGUGGUGGUUAAAGAAAAAGAUACCGAAAACAUUACAAAUUACUCUGAUGGGUCGAGAUGGAAGGCUUGCAAGGAUUUCUUUAAUUUUGGACAUAUUAAAUCGACGUUUAUAGUUGCUUUCAAACAGAGAGAGAAAAAUUAUCGCACACGAGUGUUUGUAAUACUCAUACUAAUCGUCUUGACCAUAGGACCAAUGCACGGAGAAAUUAGUGUAGUAUAUUUAUUUGCGCGAAAGCAGUUUCAAUGGAAUGAAGUCCAGUUCAGCAUGUUUUACUCUGUCAACGUUGUUUUACAUAUAAUAGGUACAGUAAUAGCACUUGCACUGCUUUGCAAUUAUUUUAAAUUACACGAUAGUACUGUAGGCAUGAUAUGUUACAUUGGAAAAUUUUUCUCUGGGAUUAUGUAUGCAUUUGCAAAAACGCCAUUAUUAUAUUGCUUGGGUGUUGUCGUUGAAAUGCUGAGUGCUACCACGUUUAUUACAGUAAAGGCAAUGGCUACAAAAUUAGUGUCAGAGGAAGAACAAGGCAAACUAAACGCGUUAAUAGCGAUAUUAGAAGCAUUGACUCCAUUAGUAUUCGGACUACUGUACAAUUUGGUUUAUAGAUCAACGAUAGACAUUUUGCCAGGUGCAUUUUACAUAGUGGCAAGUGUCGUGUGGAUACCGGUCAUGAUACUAUUUGGGUGGCUAUAUGUCCAAGAAAAACGAGAUGCUAGAGAUGUCAAGCAAACCUAAUAUUGUGAUUCUGUAUAAUAAAACCCAAUACGUAUGAGUGAAUAAUUAAGUAUUUUAUUCAAAGAGCAAACCGGCCAAGAUGUCGA